AGAAAACCAGAAAUAUCCCCCGAAGAGCUCAUCGCAUCCUAUCAAAAAUCAUUGAAAGAGCUUGAGAAUGUUGAACCGCUCGAGUCCAUCAAAAUCAUCGACUCCAGGUGGGGUGUCAAGCCAAAGGGGUUUGAAAAUGUGACUGCUCAGAGAGCCAAGUUGUCUGGAUUGUUCCCCUUGCCAGGAUAUCCAAGACCAGUGGACUUUACAAAAUUAGAGGGAAGUGCUAGCGAAGGCAUUUUGAGCUCUAAUGAUAUUCUUAAUGAUGCCUCGAAGAUUGACCCUAUUGACGCAAGAAGCUCCAAGAUCUUGGUUAUUAGGGACAUCGAUUUUGAGAAGAUCAAUUAUCUCAAGAUCGUCGAAUUCUUCAAUGAUUAUUUGAAGAGAAUCGACAUCGACCAAACCAGCAUGCAUAACAUUGAUAGCAAGAGAAAAACCAAGGAUGACAAGAAUUUGAUUAUACAGUUCGUCAACAGCACCUGUGCGACCAUCAUAGCCUCGUUGGACACAUUAAAGCUCCCUUUCAAUCUUUACAAGGAAGACUCGGAACCAGCUAAAGACAGUGAAGAGAAAAUCCAACUCAAGAUUCAAAGACCUAAGGAAUACGUCGUCCAGACAGUAUCAAAAAAACAGGACGACGAUGAUUUCACCAAAGUUAUAGAUAGUCCCACAAAGAUCACGCUAAUGGUAUCACCAGAUAAGACUGAAACAGAAAUUAUUGAUCAAAUCAAGACCAUAAAUGGUGUCAAAUCAUUCCAGUUAUUGAGAGAAAUAGGGACAAAGGAAUCCUUGGGGAUGGCAUUUGUUGAGUUUGAAGUGCCAGAGGGCACCAGCUUACAAAAGACAAUUGAUUUACUAGAAGGGUUGAUCGAGAAAGUCAGAUCUUGCUCAUAUAUUACAAAUAGCUUCUUCUCGUGCAUUAUUCCAAAUCAAACUAGCAUUCAAGAUUGUGCAAUUGAUAUGGACACCUUAAAGCUGUUGGUACGCAAUGAGAAUGUUUCGGCACAUCCUAAGCUGAGAGUCAUCCAAUUGAUCAACAUGGUUACUGCGAGAGACUUGGUCGAAGAUUCGAACUAUCACUUUAUUCAGCAAGACAUACACCAAGAGGUGUCGAAGUUUGGUAAAGUUGUUUCCAUGAAGAUUCCCAGACCUGCCAAUGAUUAUACACCAGGUUUGGCUCAAUUUACCCAGCCGGGUUUGGGUAAGGUGUAUGUUGAACUUGACGAUGAAGAGUCCUCGAUGAAGGCCAUAAUGGAGCUUGCUGGUAGGUACUAUAACGAUAGAGUGGUUCUCUGUUCGUUUUAUGAUGAGGGAGACUAUCUCAAUGGUAUAUUCUAA